AUGGCAUUAAGAUUUCCAAGGUUUAGUCAAGGCUUAGCUCAAGACCCCACUACUCGUCGUAUUUGGUUUGGUAUUGCUACCGCACAUGACUUCGAAAGUCAUGAUGAUAUUACUGAGGAACGUCUUUAUCAGAAUAUUUUUGCUUCUCAUUUCGGGCAAUUAGCAAUAAUUUUUCUGUGGACUUCCGGGAAUUUGUUUCAUGUAGCUUGGCAAGGGAAUUUUGAGGCAUGGGUACAGGAUCCUUUACAUGUAAGACCUAUUGCUCAUGCAAUUUGGGAUCCUCAUUUUGGUCAACCGGCUAUAGAAGCUUUUACUCGAGGGGGUGCUCUAGGCCCAGUUAAUAUAGCCUAUUCUGGUGUUUAUCAGUGGUGGUAUACAAUUGGUUUACGUACUAAUGGAGAUCUUUAUACUGGAGCUCUUUUUCUAUUAUUUCUUUCUACUAUAUCUUUAAUGGCGGGUUGGUUACACCUGCAACCAAAAUGGAAACCGAGCGUUUCGUGGUUUAAAAAUGCCGAAUCCCGCCUUAAUCAUCAUUUGUCAGGACUAUUCGGAGUUAGUUCCUUGGCUUGGACAGGUCAUUUAGUCCAUGUCGCUAUUCCAGGAUCCAGAGGGGAAAACGUUCGAUGGAAUAAUUUAUUAAAUGUAUUGCCACACCCCGAAGGAUUAGGUCCAUUUUUUACAGGUCAGUGGAAUCUUUAUGCUCAAAACCCGGAUUCCAAUAGUCAUAUAUUUGGUACCUCUCAAGGAGCAGGAACUGCUAUUCUAACACUUCUCGGGGGAUUCCAUCCGCAAACUCAAAGUUUAUGGCUAACCGAUAUUGCACAUCAUCAUUUAGCUAUUGCAUUUAUUUUUCUAGUUGCUGGCCAUAUGUAUAGAACAAACUUCGGGAUUGGUCACAGUAUAAAAGAUCUUUUAGAAGCACAUACUCCUCCGGGGGGUAGAUUGGGGCGUGGACAUAAGGGUCUUUAUGACACAAUCAAUAAUUCAAUUCAUUUUCAAUUAGGUCUUGCUCUAGCCUCUUUAGGGGUUAUUACUUCCUUGGUAGCUCAACACAUGUACUCUUUACCCGCUUAUGCAUUUAUAGCACAAGACUUUACUACUCAAGCUGCGUUAUAUACUCAUCAUCAAUAUAUAGCAGGCUUCAUUAUGACAGGGGCUUUUGCUCAUGGAGCUAUCUUUUUUAUUAGAGAUUAUAAUCCAGAACAGAAUGAAGAUAAUGUUUUGGCAAGAAUUUUAGACCAUAAAGAAGCUAUCAUAUCCCACUUAAGUUGGGCUAGCCUCUUUCUGGGUUUCCAUACUCUGGGACUUUAUGUCCAUAAUGAUGUCAUGCUUGCUUUUGGUACUCCGGAGAAACAAAUCUUGAUCGAACCUAUAUUUGCCCAAUGGAUACAAUCUGCUCAUGGUAAAACUUCCUAUGGGUUCGAUGUACUUUUAUCUUCAACGAACAGUCCAGCGUUCAAUGCGGGACGAAGCAUAUGGUUGCCUGGUUGGUUAAAUGCUGUUAAUGAGAAUAGUAAUUCUCUAUUCUUAACAAUAGGGCCUGGAGACUUCUUGGUUCAUCAUGCUAUUGCUCUUGGUUUACAUACAACUACAUUGAUCUUAGUAAAAGGUGCUUUGGAUGCACGUGGUUCAAAGUUAAUGCCAGAUAAAAAAGAUUUUGGUUAUAGUUUUCCUUGCGAUGGUCCCGGACGAGGUGGUACUUGUGAUAUUUCGGCUUGGGACGCAUUUUAUUUGGCAGUUUUCUGGAUGUUAAAUACCAUUGGAUGGGUUACUUUUUAUUGGCAUUGGAAACACAUUACACUAUGGCAGGGUAAUGUUUCACAGUUUAAUGAAUCUUCUACCUAUUUGAUGGGAUGGUUAAGAGAUUAUCUAUGGUUGAACUCUUCCCAACUUAUCAAUGGAUAUAACCCUUUUGGUAUGAAUAGUUUAUCAGUCUGGGCGUGGAUGUUCUUGUUUGGACAUCUUGUUUGGGCUACCGGAUUUAUGUUCUUAAUUUCUUGGCGCGGAUAUUGGCAGGAAUUGAUUGAAACUUUAGCAUGGGCUCAUGAACGCACACCUUUGGCUAAUUUGAUUCGAUGGAGAGAUAAACCAGUGGCUCUUUCCAUUGUGCAAGCAAGAUUGGUUGGACUAGCCCACUUUUCCGUAGGUUAUAUAUUUACUUAUGCAGCCUUCUUGAUUGCCUCUACAUCGGGCAAAUUUGGUUAA